CGAAAUUUCCUUAAUGAAAAAUAAUUGUCUCUGUUUAAGUAAUUGGAAAAUUAAAAUAAUAGUGACCACAAAAAUAUAUAGAUACAGUUCAUUCAAAGAAGCGCAAUGAAUUCUUUGCGAAUAACUUUAAUACAACCACAAAUGUUGGCUAGAUUUACUUCAACAUUACCAGAAUUUGUUAAUAGGAAUCCUCGGAACUUGGAACGAAUGAGGAUAGCUCGCAAACCAGACGGUUAUCAUUUGGAAAAACCGGAUCGUAAGUUUUGGCACAAGUUAGUCCUCACUCCAAGCAAUCGUACAGUAACAGCUCAAGUCGUUCACUUUGUUAAUGGUCCUGUAGUGGAAGCAAAGACAUCAGAAUGGGCACUCCGUCAACAAUUAUACAGUAUCAAUGAUACAAGUGCAUACAUUAAUUUAGGAAGAGUGUUUGCUCAGCGGUGUCUUGAAUCUGGAAUAACUGAAGUGUAUUGUAACAUUAAACCAGUCUCAGGAGGUAAAGUGGAGAAAUUUCUGGAUGAGGUUGUUAAAGGUGGCAUAAAAUUAGAAGAACCUGAGCCUUAUAUGAAACCUAAGUCAUGGGACCUAAUGAGACCAGAAAAGCCAUGGGAAGUUAUAGAAGAAUAGAAGAGUAAAUUUAAACAAUGUUAUCAUAUAAAUUGUUAUAACUUUUACAGUUUGUGUUUAUUUUACAUAAAUAGAUAAUAAAUUUAGAAUAUAAAAUUA